CCGAACCGGAAUGGCGGCCGCGGCGGGCAGGGGAGGUUUGGGGCAUGUCGCCGCUUGGAAGGUGGUGGCCCGGGCUGGGGUUUGGUUCGGGAGUGACGCAGCUCUGGUGCUGGGCAAGAGGACGGAGAGGAUGGCAUCAGCAGUGUGGGUUCGUUGUCUCUUUACCAGGUCGAGAAUUCCAGACUCGGUAUUUCAACCACGGCCUGGAGAUCAUGAAAAGUAUGGAGGUGACCCUGAGCAGCCCCACAAAAUCCACAUCAUUACUAGAAUAAAAUGUGUAGUUGGUCGCCCAUAUUGGGAAAAGAAGAUAAUACAUGAUCUUGGGCUGGAUAAAGCGCAUCAGCCCAUACUGCACAAAAAUAUCCCUUCUGUGAAUUCCAAACUGAAAGUUGUUAAACAUCUGAUAAGAAUACAGCCACUGAAACUACCUUAUGGGUUGCCAACAGAAGAGGAAAUGUCAGACACCUUUCUUACGAGCAAGGGAGAGCUUGUCAUUAGACGGCAUCUGAAACCCGCGGGGCAGAAAGAAAUUAAACCAUAAGAUGUGGUGGUUGGAUUUAUAAAAUAAAUCAUUUAAAUCCUUA